AUGUGUUUGGACUUGUGGGCCGCCCUAAAACGGAGGAAGAAGUCAUCGUAUAAUGCGGGGCUUAGAUACAAAGAUGGAGAGAAAGUAUCUACAAAAUUCGUCUUCGUGGAGCAUUGCCUGCAGGGCAACGCUGUCAACCUAAAGGUCGGAGUUGAUACUGAAGUACCCGCGGGAAAGCUUCCGCUUAAGCUUCCCAACGGUCUAUCUUUGACAUAUGGUGAAAUUCUUGGUUUAGCUGGCGAUCUAUAUGGGACGGAUCAACCCAUAAGUGAUGGAGUUACAGAGAAUGAGCGGCGACACCGCUUCCUUAAAGCUUUUGAUACCUUGGCGAAUGACACCAAAUAUGCCCCAGAGGAGGCCACCAAGCUUCUUGGAAUUCUCCAUGAUGAACUGGAAGAAAUUAACAAGGCCAUACGGGAUGGCAAGCAGCCCUCAGAAGUCCACAAUCGACUCAAAUUCUCUAUUGGAAAAAGUCUCGGAAUGGCAACCCUAUUCCGACCAAGUGGAAUACCAUCCUUCCUAGGUCUUGCCCUGAUUAACUUUGACCAUUUUGGUAGAGAUGCAGAGAUCGCAUAUAACACUGGCCACAAUGCUGCUAUUCAAUAUGCCUUGAGUGCAGAUAGUGACUUGGCCGUGGCGUAUGCUAUGAAUGCGUUUGCAGACCACUUCCUGCACGACCACUUUUCUGCCGGGCAUCUACGUGUCCCUCGCCGCUUGCUUCAUGGCAGUAUGUUGAAUUCAGGGGACGCUUGUUCGAAGCUGAUGCAUGACGAAGACGGGUUCCUCGGUUUGAAAGUCAAGAACCAGAAUGGAGACAAUUGGAAUGCCUAUGGAGACUCGCGUUUGUUUGAUGACGUGAGUAAACGGCACCGAGAAAUAUUUAUAAAGGGCCAACAAGCGUCAGUCGAUGAGGUAUUCCGGGCCUGGCGAUAUAAGGUCGUACCACCAAUAUUCGAAGCAUGGAAAUAUGCACCUACUAUCGAAUCCGCCUUAUCGCCUCAGCCAUGGGCUCCAUUGUUCGUUUUAUCUACAGACAAGCAAAAGAAACCGGUACUACUGAGACGGCGAAAUGUUAGUGAUAGGAGAACCAUAGACUAUAUUUCAAACUGGACAUAUACCGGGACAGUGUUGAAAUGCAGAUGGAGUGGACGCUGGAAUUUCCCAUUGAGAAUUGACGAAUAG